GGAGGGACGGCUUCCUCUCUGUAACACACACGCUGCACGAGCACACCGCCGGGGAAGCGGAAAAACGGAGAACAAAAUAACAACCGCGACCUGGAGAAGGAAACGCCGCAGUCCGUCCGUCUGCGCCUCCGCGCGUCCUCUUUCUGGAUCCCCCCUCCCCCCUUUUUUAUUUUUAUAAUUAUUGGACAUAAAGGAGGCUUUACAUAUUUUUUUUUUGAUUAACCCUUAAAGACAUCCUGGUGGACUAACAUGGGAAGACAGAGCUCCUGAGGAAGGACUGGAGAGGGAAGACAUGUUGCGGCUGCGGUAGGGUGUUGAUGUCUGAAUUAACGCUCCUGGAGGGGAAUAAAAAGCACAGAAAUCCAAAAAUAAAACCCAGGCAAAUGGGAAAAAGGAGCGUAGCUCCGGAGUCAUUGUGUUAAAUUGUGUUUUUGUUAUGAUCCGGGAGAGCCUAGGCCUCUGAAUCAGCCCCGCAUACACGCGUAUCACAAACGGGCUUUUUUUUAAUUUUAUUUCUGGGUGUUUUUCAGGGAAGACCAAAAGCAGCUGUCUGGCUGCUGCAGAGGAAAUAACAGCAACUAUUUGGGGGGAUUAUACAAAGGCCCGGUGGACCCCCCCCUCCUUUCCCCCUUUUUCCCCCAAAAAACCCCAAUUUGGCACAUUAAGACCUUUUUGAUCCAAUUCUUCCUUCAAUAAAAGGGAGCCACACUUCAGAUUUCUCCAUGUUAAUGUCGACCGACGUCGCCUCCAUCAUGCUGCCGGUGUCCCGGGCUCUGCUGGAGCGGGACCGGGAGCUGGAGCCCCUGGCCGGGGUGCUGGCCGGCCCGGGCGGAGCCCCGGCGGCCGCGCUGCGGGGCAUGAAGCGCGGGGACCCGGAGCCCGACGCGCAGCCGGCGGCCGCGCUGCUGGAGCCGGCCGGGGCGGAGUGCAAGCGGCCCCGCAUCGACGGCGCGGGGCUGGCGGAGGUGGGCCAGAGCAACGAUCCUUUGACCCUCGGUUACCAUGGAUACCCGUCUCACAGUCAGGGUUCUCAGGAUAGUGCUGGCGGUCAGGAGGGACUCGUACCCCCACCUUUCUCCACGUUCCCACCCCCUCCACCCCCACCCCCCCAGAACGGCCUGACCUUGGAUUACGGGGGCAGCCUUUAUGCAGCGGGGGCCGUCCAGGGUCCCGUGGAGGCCGGGGGAGCCGGAAACGGCGCUGCCAACGCCGCCAACAGUCUCAGUGCCCAAUCGGACGGGUCCUCCCAGAUCGACGGACAGUCUGGAGUCGGCUCAGGAGGAGGGGGUGGCGGUGGGGGUCCCGGGGAGGAUUCAGAUGCCAAGGGGACCCCCAAACGGCUCCACGUAUCCAACAUCCCCUUCCGCUUCCGAGACCCCGACUUGCGGCAGAUGUUUGGGCAAUUUGGGAAGAUCCUGGACGUGGAGAUCAUCUUCAACGAGAGGGGCUCCAAGGGCUUUGGUUUUGUAACGUUCGAGUCGAGUGCGGAUGCGGAGCGGGCCAGAGAGAAGCUGCACGGCACCCUGGUUGAAGGGCGUAAAAUCGAGGUCAAUAACGCCACAGCCAGAGUGAUGACAAACAAGAAGAUGACGACACCGUACUCCAACGGAGAAGGCCUCGCAGCGCUACCAUACGCCGGAUGGAAGUUGAGUCCGAUGGUUGGAGCCAUGUACAGCCCGGAGCUUUACACAGUGUGUCCCGGUUUAGUUCCCGGGUUCCCGUACCCGGCAGCGGCAGCUGCCGCCUCCACCGCGGCCGCCGCCGCCACCUUCCGGGGCGCCCACCUGCGGGGCCGCGCCCGGCCCGUCUACAGCGCGGUCCGGGCCGCCGUGCCGCAGCCGGCCAUCCCCACGUACCCGGGUGUGAUGGCCUAUCAGGAUGGUUUUUACGGCGCAGCGGCCGACCUCUACGGUGGAUAUGCAGCAUAUCGUUACGCCCAGCCGACUGCUGUAGCGACUCCUGCGGCGGCAGCAGCAGCCGCCGCCGCCGCGGCGUACAGUGACAGCUACGGACGAGUUUACACGGCAGACCCCUACCACGCUGCUCUCGCCCCGGCGGCCUACGGCGUCGGAGCCAUGGCCACGCUGUACAGGGGAGGCUACAGUAGAUUUGCCCCUUACUAAAGACACUACAUUUCCCAGGAGCUCCUCUCUUCCAUUAAAUUACUUUGUAAGAGCUCCCCCUGUCGUCGUGGAGGUGGAACUGCGCCCCGUUUUAACGUGUGGAGUCGACCACAGCAAACAUAUUUCAGAUCCCACCCCCCCAAAGCAGUCCCACAUUUUCUUAUAUAUGCUACUACAGAAAUAGAGGAAUGCUGUAUUAAAGACUGAAGGAUGGCCUUUACAUGAGAAAAAAAAACAAAAAAGAAAAGAAAAAAAGAUAUUAAGACAGAAACUGGCCACCUUCACUGUUGCACGACUGUAUUAUAGUCUCCCCCUUCUUAUUCCCUCGGCACUCAGCAGCACAAGAUUUGAGGACGGAGCCCAGAUGUUCUUCCAGAGGCUGAAUGUGGAUAAACUGACAUUUCAACAGCUGUCACUCACGUACGACAGAGAGCUGAGAGCCGCGCGGCCCCGAGCGAUCAGGGAGGUAGAGAGAAGUCAGGCGCUUCCACGGAGCACCUGAGAAACGGUUGUUUUUUUUUUUUUGCUUUUGUUUUUAAUUAUGAACCAGAAAGUUUCCAAGAUAUUAAGGCGUCCACUGGUGGAUUUUGGUGUUCCUCCUUUAGCGCGGGGUUGGGUCGGGGGGAGACGAGCUUCUCUCCCGCGGCGAGACGAGGGGUUUAUUAGAGCUGUUCCUUACCUCAAGUUUUCUUAGUAUGUGGAAAUGGUAAACCUUUAACUUUAAAAUUCUUAUGAUAUGCAACAAAAUUAGUUUAGAGAGAAAAAAAUUACCAAAAUUAUUAUUAUUAUUAUUAUUGCUGUUGUAAUUAUUCUCAUAAUUAUGAAACCAUUCUUUUUGUUUGACUCGGCUGCACCGAAGGUUCGACGGUUGAACCUCAGGGGGUUAAAAACCAUCAGAUUAAGCAUCUAUAUAUAACAAAUACUCCACCUCUCCGUGAUGUAACGCAGCCGCGUCGUACGUGUCCCAGGACUUCACUACACCCAACACUACAGAACGUGCAACACUACACUUUGAAACUACUUUUUUUUUCGUUUAGUUUACGUCCAGACAAAGAUCCUCUACCUGCAGACCUGCAGAGCCGGGGGUUCAGGUGUUUUUCUGAUCCUUUCAUGUAGAGAUCUGUUCUUUGCAUCUUUGCAUCCCCCCCACCCCUCUUCCCUCCUCCUUGUGCUCCAUCUUUUAUAGAGUCCAGCAUCGAUUGAGUCUUCCUGAAACACACUUUUAGUCGGUAAUUGCGGUUAAGGUGCCGCCCGCGGGCAACUACCGAACGAGAAAGAGAUUCAGUCAGUAAGUAAAUAGCAAAUAUUUAAAAUGCAAAACACAUAACUAUUGUGCAUAUUUCUAUACUAUUGUACCCUAUAUUUCCAAAACGUGGCUUUUUUGGCUUUUUUGUUUUUGUUCCAAAGAUUUGUAGAAAGCACAUUUUUCUGCAGUUUGUAUAAAUAUAAUACCUGUGUUAUUGUCAUUACUCCUUAUAAGUGUCUUUAUUUACUUCAACCAAACAUUCGUCCUCGGAGUUGGGGCUGAUUUUUUAUUUUUUUUUUUAAUUUUGCCAGCAUGACUUUUGAUGAUUAUGAUAUUCAAAAAAUGGCUGGAUGGAUUUUUAUUUCUUUAUUUUUUUUGUGUGUGUCAAAAAUUUUGCUGACAAGAAAUUUGAAAUGAAUGAGCGUAGGUGUGUGGCACUUUGGUUCAAAUCAUACGAAUAUAGCUUAUUGUUUUUGUCUUUUCUUUGAUAAUAUGAGAAAAAUGUUAUUUUGUGUUUGUUCAUGCCAAUAUAGCUUAUUGUUUUUGUCUUUUCUUUGAUAAUGUGAGAAAAAUCCUACUUUGUGUUUGUUCAGACUUAUAUAGCUUAUUUUUUUUUGUCUUUUCUUUGAUAAUAUGAGAAAAAUCCUAUUUUGUGUUUGUUCAUACAAAUAUAGCUUAUUUUUUUUGGUCUUUUCUUUGAUAAUAUGAGAAAAAUCCUAAUUUGUGUUUGUUCUUGAAGCAAAUUCCUUACAUUUCAGUGGUGAAAUCUGUCGGCUUGACCCGUGUGGUAGCUCCAGGUCGCUCCAGAUACCCAGUAAAAGUGUUAUUAUACUCGUACGUGCGCAGGUUGAUUUUAAGCUCGGCUGAAAAACUAAACAUCGGUGCGGGAUGUGAUCUGCACCGUGUAAAUGGAUUUGUUUGAAGAUUAUUUCAAUGCUACCUUUUUUUGUUUUCCACUACUCAUGACAUGUGACUUUUUGUUGUUUUUUUCUUUUAAUAUCAUGUCCAUAUUAAUAUAGAAUGUGUUUUGGACAAAUUUAAAGAAAAAAAAAAAGCAAAAUAAGAGGGCACCAGCCAAAGAUGCUACCAGUCCCCAGCAUGUUCUGGUUCCUGACUUGAAAAGAGCUGCAAAAAUACAUAUAAAGAUGGACUUUUUGGAGCCACUGAUGGCAUGGACAAACCAGCAUGAGCGAUACUCGUCAAGUUUAAAAAAGAGAUACAACAAACAAAAAAAAAUUAUAAAAAAAAGAAAAAGGAAAAAAAAAAUUGCAUGAAUCUCGUGUCUUUUCAUAUUUGGCUCGUGAGCAGCAGAGUCCAGCUCUCCUUUACUAGUGAAAGUCUCAACGGGCAGCUGGUGGUUCGACGCUAUAGCUGAUACAACAAAGAGCACAGUGAUGUUUGGCAACAAAAACCCUGCUGACAUAAAAAAAAAAAAGAGAAAAAAACAAGGCUACUGCAAAAACAACAUGUAGCACCGUCAUUUUCCUGUCAUGGUUUUCUUGCCACUGUAUUAUAAAGAAAAACCACGUGGUCAGUCUUCAUAGUUGCAGCGGUUUCUCAAUGAAAAUCCUCUCCUGCCCUGUCUUUUGACUGCCAUUAUGUUGUCUUUCCUUUUUUUUUUUCUUUUUUUUUUUGGUCUUUUUUUGUUCUUUUUUGUUAUUGAAUGUCCAUAUAAAAUGUUUUAUAUAAAAAUGUUUUGUUGUGA